UAAUAAGAGAUAUAAAUUCAUCGUACUCACCAUUUGUCUGAUUAAAUAUUUUUAAUUAGCUAAUUCCAUUAGUUCUGUGCAACAAAAUACCAGCUUGCAAUUAGUAAAAAAGUUAGCGGCGCAGUAAAACGAAUUUUUGACCUAACUUUGGAAUUCACCUACAGAGCAAGUUAUAAUUCCUUGUGAUCCUAACAGAUGGCGCUACCACGUCGUUCCUGGCGGUUCAUAGUCCAGUUAAUUCGUCGUCCCGCACGUUACAUGAAAAUAGAGGGAAAAGUGUUUUUGUUUUUCUCACGUGUUUUCACUGCAAUUCAAGAAGGAUUCUUUUGGCCGGCCAGUUCGCAUCGCGGAGUCCAUCCACCAGAAAUAAGAAGAUAAUCAUGCCAGAGGACCGAUCAGUAGAUGAAGAAACGCAGCCUGAAAGUGUGCUUUUACUGCAUACUUGGACGUCGAGAAGAACCAGAGAAGUAGCUGCCUCUUCCGGUGCCUUGAUAUCCAAAAACUGGGUCUUGACCCACGGAUCCUCCGUAGAAGGUUGUCUAGCUACAUGUCCCAAGACCCUAAAACUCAUAUCGAAUUUGGAAUCAGGACACUUGGUGCUCGCCAAAGAAGAAAUCGCAGAGGAGUCGACAUUCCGGGUGAUCAGAGAAGAGUUAAAAAAUCCGGAAACGAACCUCGAAGAGGAGUCGGCCCUCCUCGAACGAGAAGGAGUAAUCGCGGCAGCCUGGAGAUGUCCUCUUCUGAAGGAUACCCUAGACGAUGACUUUCGCGGAUGGAAGGUGGGGAACGAGACUCGAUACACGAAGAAACUACUCCCCGUGUUCUUGCUGAUAAAACUUGAGAAAACGGCCGACGUUGAACCCUCGACUAUCCAAAAGGUACUAAGAAACUUGUCCAGGAAGAUGGUAUAUCCCGGCAGAGGUUCUCUCGUGGAAGUCGAGUCCACUCCUUUUGGCAAUCCAGUAUUCAUUGGAUCGGUCGGGGUAGGAGUGGUCAGUAAAAUCCUCGGAUCCAAAGGAUCGAUCCUACUUACGGACGCGAUUGCUUAUCCAAGUUCAGUAGGUGGACCCGUCUACGUCAGCGGUGCAAACAGAUCAAUCUGCGGAAUGGUGAUCGCGUCCUCCACCAGCUAUGACGGCGAACGAGUGGACUUCACCUUGGUUGCAAAUCUGUCCCCUUGCCUGCGACAAGUCACGGGAUUAGACCUCGCCGACGAGCAGUCAGUAGACUCUCGAUUAUACGACUUGGCGGAGAGAAGUGUGGUGGUCGUUCGUUGCGGUUCCGAUUGGGGAAGCGGAAUUCUCCUGUGCAAGGAAACGGGCACGAUUCUCACUUGCUCCCACGUCGUCAAAAAGGCGCCGGGUCGACGCAUUAGGGUGACGUUGAGGCGGUCUCUUCGCGGGCGGUCCUCGUCCUCCGCGGUCGCGAGAUUGGUUUAUAGGACGACCUACAACAAACCUUACGACGUGGCUAUCCUCCGUGUCGACCCGGAGGAGACUCAGGACCCCUUGCUGAGGAAUAUGAACACCGCGAGUGGCCCCGUUCUGCGUGGCGAGCCAGUGGCCCUGGUGGGAUUCCCGUUGUUCCCGUCGACGGAGCCGACGAUUUCCAGAGGAUACGUCUCCCGGGUGUCGUGGUGCAUGGUCCAGACCAGCUGCUGCGUGCAAAGCGGCACCAGCGGUGGACCGGUCAUCCGGUGGUCAACCGGCGAGAUGAUCGGCAUGAUGGUCAGCAAUGUUCGGAGCGAUUCCGGCCUCUAUCCCCAUCUGAACAUGGCCAUACCAGUUUCGGUUCUUUCGGGCCCUCUGGGUCGAUAUCUAAAAACCGGCGACACAGAUCCCCUUAAACUUCUCGAGUGCGACGAUGCGAUCAUCCGCCGAGCCUGGGAUCUUCAUCAGCCUCCUCCUUCUGCGAAGUUAUAGAUAAUUAACAUUCCCCGUUUAACGAAUUCAAUCGAGCCGAUUAUUUCUCUAUUUGGACUCCUUAAUCGAGGACGGGCGGUUAAUUAUUUCCGGAGCGUGCUGUCGUUAAUGGGCAUGUUAAAAGAUGCAGAAAGAACGCAUCGAGAACCGCGGCAGAAAGGCGCCGCGGGGAGGGAUUAAAUGCAUUCGGCCUGUGACGUCAAUGGACCUCAUCGUCCGAUCGAAAUGGACUGACGUAACAAGAUUCCAUCUGCAAUACUGCAACGUUCGAAUUGCAAGAUGAGACCGAAUGCACCGAAAAAAAAGGAGAAAGGAAGGAAACUCGUAUGGUAAUAUUGCGUUCAGGGGAGUUUAAGGAAUAUAAUUAAGUCGAUGGUAUCAUCGGACUGGAAGGACAUUGGUGUUCGGAAACAUCUGCUCUCGGUGCAUAUGCUCCUUGAUUAGUGGCUUAUUAAGCAUUUUCUAAGGUUCAUGUUCUAGGAAUUGUAAUAC